AGGAAAAAACUCGCAUCAAACUGGGGGAAGAAAAAUCCGCUUCAUUACUUUACUGAGAGAAAAGUGAGCGAAGACUUCCUGACCGCCAGGGGGCAGUAGUUGCAAACCCAAAUGCACAAACGCCUCUCCGGGUUGUUGAGAAAAUGCUCAAGAGUAGAGAUCACUUUCUGCUGCUAACAGCGGCUAGCCGGGUAAUCUCCUGGACAACGCAGUUGUGCUUAUUUUAACGCCCGUCCCAGUAUUCGUGUAUUUUAUAACCCAGUGAGUGUGCGAGGCGUCGUCAAUGAGAAGCGAGAGCCAGGCGACAGCGGGGAAGGCUCGGAGAGUCGCUUCAUGUUCGGCCACUGUUGCUUUCAUGCCAGGAUGCUAGCACAGAAGCAAGCCAGCUAGCUUGCAGACCUGCUAAAGCAGCCGAAAAGGAGCGCUGUCCGGAUGCUUUGAAGAACGACGCAUCGCGUUUUGGUGGAGCGUUGUGUGUGUUUUUUUGUUUGUUUGUUUGUUGGUUUGUUUUAUUGGAGACGGCCUUGCAGUGAUGUCUGGUAACCGGCCGCAGCAGAGCGGUGGUGGGGCAAGUUCAGUGCCUGGUACCAGCAGCAGCAGCAGCAACAACAACAGCAGCACUGGAGGCGCUGGAAGCAACGCCGUCACGAGUAAUGGCCCCGCUGCCGGGAAUGUUGUGCCCUCUCGGACACUGGCUGGAACCAGCGAGGGAGGAAGCUUCGCUUCCCUAACAGGCAGACCGUCGGCGGCGUCGGGCAGCAGAAAGAAGUCCCUCCACCAGGCUCCCCUGUACAACGGCCUCUUGAACUCCUACGAAGAUAAAAGCAACGACUUUGUGUGUCCGAUUUGCUUCGAAAUGAUAGAGGAGGCGCACAUGACAAAGUGUGGACACAGUUUUUGUUUCAAAUGUAUCCGCCAGAGCUUGGAGGACAGCAACAGAUGCCCCAAGUGUAACUAUAUUGUUGAUAAUGUGGAUCAGCUGUACCCUAACUUUCUUGUAAAUGAACUUAUCCUUAAGCAGAAGCAAAGGUCUGAGGAAAAAAGGCUAAAAUUAGAUCAUCCUAACUGGCCGCGGUGGCAGGUCUUCCAGGAUAUUUUGAGUCCUGAUCAAGAAAACCUGGACCUUGCGAAUGUCAAUCUGAUGUUGGAGCUGCUGGUUCAAAAGAAGAAGCAGCUGGAGGCGGAAUCCCAAGCAGCUCAGAGACAGAUCCUCAUGGAGUUCCUUAAAGAAGCCAGGAGAAACAAGAGAGAGCAACUAGAUCAGCUUCAGAAAGAGCUGAACUUCCUGGAAGAAGACAUUAAACGUGUUGAGGAAAUAAGUGGGCUUUACUCUCCGAUGAUGGAGGCAGAGUGCACUGUGCCUAAUGUUGAGGCUCCUUCUCCGGCACCCAGUAGUAUAAUCGAACCUCCAGAUUACAACACACCUCCAGGAUUUGGUGCAACAACCCAGGUGAAGCGACAGACUUGGUAUAACAGCACCCUGGCAUCAAGAAGAAAGAGGCUAACGGCUCAUUUUGAGGAUCUGGAGCAGUGCUACUUCUCCAACAAAAUGUCACGCAUCACAGAUGAGGGCCGCAACUUGAACCAGCUGGAUGAUUUUAUGGAGUGCUUGUCUAAAUUCACCCGCUACAACACUGUGCGGCCGCUGGCCACCCUCUCCUACGCCAGUGACCUCUAUAACGGCUCCAGUAUUGUCUCUAGUAUUGAGUUUGACCGCGACUGUGACUACUUCGCCAUCGCUGGUGUGACCAAAAAGAUCAAGGUUUUUGAGUACGGAACUGUGAUCCAGGAUGCGGUGGACAUCCACUACCCUGUCAAUGAAAUGACGUGUAAUUCCAAAAUCAGCUGUAUCAGCUGGAGCAGUUAUCACAAGAACCUUCUGGCCAGCAGCGACUAUGAGGGCACCGUCAUUCUGUGGGACGGGUUCACCGGCCAGCGGUCCAAAGUCUACCAGGAGCACGAAAAACGGUGUUGGAGUGUUGACUUCAAUCUGAUGGACCCCAAGCUUUUAGCCUCCGGUUCUGAUGAUGCCAAAGUAAAGCUGUGGUCAACCAAUCUUGACAACUCCGUGGCUAGCAUCGAGGCUAAAGCUAACGUGUGCUGCGUGAAAUUCAGUCCGACCUCCAGAUAUCACCUGGCCUUCGGCUGCGCAGAUCACUGUGUGCACUACUAUGAUCUACGCAACACUAAGCAGCCAAUCAUGGUGUUCAAAGGCCACAGGAAAGCGGUGUCCUACGCCAAGUUUGUGAAUGGAGAGGAGAUAGUUUCUGCGUCGACAGACAGUCAGCUGAAGUUGUGGAACGUCAACAAACCUCACUGCCUGCGCUCCUUCAAGGGUCACAUUAAUGAGAAGAACUUUGUUGGCUUGGCGUCCAACGGAGACUAUGUUGCCUGUGGCAGCGAAAACAACUCUUUGUAUCUGUACUACAAAGGACUUUCCAAGACACUGUUAACGUUCAAGUUUGACACGGUCAAAAGUGUCCUGGACAAGGACAAGAAGGAAGACGACACCAACGAGUUUGUCAGCGCCGUCUGCUGGAGGGCGCUGCCUGACGGAGAGUCAAAUGUUCUUAUUGCUGCAAACAGUCAAGGAACAAUCAAGGUGCUUGAGCUCGUCUGAAAAGCUGUGCGUCUCGUGCCGACUUUAGAACCACGGUCAGCUUUCCUGCCUGACGGAGGACCAGACGGAUGGAGGGAGAUCUCAGGCUUCCCGCAGAGCACCAAGAGAGCUAAAAUACCCAACGGAACUGCUCCUAUUUUAGUUUUAUUUUGUGGUCUGGUUUCUUUUUUGUGGGCAGCGGGACACACGUGGGACCAGUGUCAGUAAAGCAGGUGAUGCCGGGGGGGGUUUUUCCGGGUGUUUUUGGCAACAACACAAGGACUGAAAUUGAGGCCCAAAGCCCAAGGAGACUUUGAAGAAAGGCUUUUUUGUUUUAUUUUACAGCAUUAUAUUAGCUUCAGUAAAACCUCUUUCUUUUAGGUCAAAUCAAAGUUUAUAUUUUUUUUUAUCAAGUUUCUUUUUUUUUUUACCGUUUGGUGCGUUUUCUCUUUUAAAGGCCAAAGCACAAGACAGAAUGACAUGCAGAAAUGUCUUCACUGAAAGCUUUUAUCACCCAUCAUUGUUUGUCUACCCUCUGGUUCUCCCCUUUCUUGUAGCUUUUCAAUCCGCCAAAUUGGGAGAAAGUUGUUUUAAUAAAUAUGACUUGAAUUUCAUCCACGUUAGUCUGAAAUCACAGUGAGCGUCUUCUUAGUUAAAGGCCGCUGCGCUCCGUGGAACUGGAAUAUUUGUUGUCUUUGGGCUGUUUCUUGCUUGAUAAAACAUCAAAACCUUGCAGAAUCGGGUUUUAGAUCUUUUAUAGUAGCAACGGAAACUUUCUUCAUGUACUUUAGGCUUCAAACGUGUCACCUGUGCUGAGCGGCACUGUAAUUUAAGGAGAACUGCUGUCAGUUUUUGUUGUGUGGAGAUCCAUUAAGACGCAUGGAGAGGAUUGAAGAGGCACCACCGAGACCUGCCUGUUUUAUGACGACUGAGUGAGAGAGAUGUUUUUGUAUUUGUAUAACUGAAUAAAUUAUUUCAGAACAACCUC